GGCUAUGUAUAUCCAUAGAAAGCAAAUAAAGCAAGCGUUAGAUCAGCGUUUGUGGACAAAGCACUCGACUUCUUCCAUCGGAUAUCCACAGAUCGUGCCUCUGGAUUCUGAAGUAUCAGCGGAUCCUCAUAUCACAGUUGUUGAGAUACAAAAUUUAUUGGAAGCUGGAAUGAGUCUAGUGAAGAUUAAAAUAGCACAAAAUAGCAAGGGUCAAAGUCUACGAUUACUUGGGAAAAUCGACAAAGCUACACUUGCCUGUUGUACUAAAUAUGGCGUCACAAACUGGCCAGUUGCCACGUGUAUUGAAUUAAAGACUUGUAUCGUUAAUACCGGUACUACGGAAGAUCGUACUAAAAACAUUUGUCUAAAAGAAAAUAGCGAAGUUUUGCUAACAUAUGACAUGGCGAACCUAAAUAAAUGUAAUGAUAACAAAAUAUUUAUCGAUAACCAAUACAUUUUAACCGAUAUAAAAGUAGGUGGGGAUAUUUUUAUUGAUGGUAACAAUGUUAUUAUGAAAUGUAUAUCUCGAAUUGAUCAUAAUACAAUAAAAUGCAUCGUUACAAAAAACGGUACCUUAAAUAAACAGUGCGCACGGCAAAUAAAACAUUCAACACCAUUGUUAACUAAAGAAGAUUUUCAAUCGAUCAUUUUUGCUUUAGAAUAUCAGAUAGAUGUUGUAAUUGUUAACUAUGUUCGCCAAGCGGAUAGUAUUAAAGAAAUCAAGAAAUUUAUUAAGUCCAAAAAAGUUAAAAGGCCUGUUAUACUCAGUGGAAUCUGUACCGAGGAAUGUUUAGAAAACAUUGAUGAUAUCAUAAAGGAAAGCGAUGGAAUAAUUAUGUCAAGAGAAUACCUACCGUACGAAACAAAAGCUUCAUACAUGUAUCGUCUCGCAAAUAUUCAGAAAUGGUUAUCAGGAAAAUGUAUACAGGCUGGGAAACCUUUUUAUAUAUCUGGUGGUGUUUUUGAAAUAGCUUUGAAAACAGGAGAAUUUAUUGACUGUGAAAUAUCAGAUGUAACAAACGCUCUCAUGGAUGAUGUCAGUGGAUUCCUACUCAAGGAAAGUUCGGACUCUUCUGUGACAUUUGAUGUAUUGAAAGGAAUUAAUGAGUUGUGUUAUACUAUUGAUCCUUUACUCACGAGUAAGUCGAAGUUCCACAGGAUAAUUGAUGAGGUGAAAAUGCCCGUCAAUGCAGCAGAAGCUGCUGUUAUCGCUUGUGCAACAGUCGCCAAUCAAACACAGGCAAAUAUUAUAGUAAUACCGACAGUAAGCGGAACGACAAUGAAGUACCUACACUGGAUGCGGCCGUCCUGCCUCAUUAUAACAGUGAGCCCGGAAAUCCGUACCACGCGGCUAUUACGAACGUACAGGAGUGUUAUGCCGCUUUUGUUCACUCAGGAACAACAAAACGAAUGGUCCAAAGCGGUGGAAGCACGUAUUUACUUCGCCAUAGACUACGCUGUGAACAGAAAUUGGCUGAUGUAUGGCGACACUUACAUAACUCUUGAAAGGGGUUCGGAGUCAACCUCCUUCUGUGAUACCGUCAGGGUUUGUAAAGUCAGCAUUAGCAAGAAAACUUUAGUGGAAUGUGAAGAUGGAGAAGAUCAAAAAUUGUCUGAAACUUUUUUAUAUUAAAAUUCUGUAAUUUUCCUAUGUUAAAAAAUAAAAGAUAUAUA